CGGGGACCUGGACAGGACCGGGCUGGACCGCGCCACCGGACUGAGCCUCAGCGUGCAGCACACUGCGGAGGGAGGGCCGAAGCAGCGGCACGGACUCCAGGACCAGCUCCAGCGAGGUCACCACAAAUGAGUGGCCGCCCUCUCGGGACGCAGCCGCGCUGAAGACCACCGUCGAAGGACCUCCCCCAGGAUGGUGCCGCCGCCGCGCGCCCCGCUGACGCGGUCCUCGGCGCGCUCCGCGGUCAGCCAGUCGCUGGCGGCGUCCGCGGUGUUCCUCAUCAACAUCACCACCGGCAUGGGCUUGGGCUGGUCGUCGCCGGCCUGGAGUAAGAUGACGGAGGCCGACCCGCUCGGGCCCGGCUUCACCUUGGACCUGGACGCGGCGUCGUGGGUCGUGGCCAUCUACGACGUGGGCAUCCCGGUGGGGUCUGUGUUGGCGGGCGCGCUGCUGGGCUCGCUGGGCCGACGACGCACGCUCAUGCUGGCGCCCAUCAUGGUGCUGUCCUCCAGCGCCCUCACCUUCGCGGCCAGGUCGUCGGCGGCCCUCAACGCGGCGCGCGUCCUGCUGGGCGUCAGCUUCGGCCUGGACUUGUCCUGCUCCAGCCUCUACAUCGGGGAGAUCGCGAGCAGCGACAUGCGCGGCAAGCUGUGCACCUUCACGACGUCGCUGGUGUUCGUCGGCGUGCUGCUGGAGUACGCCAUCGGGCCCUGGGUGUCGUUCGCGCAGCAGGCGCUGCUGCCGGUGGCGCCCGCCGUCAUGAGCCUGGCCGUGUUCGCGCUCUGGGCCCCGGAGAGCCCCUACUUCCUGGCGUCGCGCGGCCGCGGCGAGGAGAUGCGCCGCGCGCUGGCCAGGGUGCGCGGCCUGUCCAACAAGGACGCCGUCAACGGGCUGGCGCAGCAGCGCGCCGGCGUGGACGUCGAGGCCGCCGACAUCCUCCGCGGCAUGGAGGCCGACCGCCGCCGCGAGCGCAACUUGUGGCGCACUCUGGUGACCAACCCCGGCAACCGCCGCGGCUGCAUCAUCGUGCUGUUCUUGUGCGGCACCGGGCCCAUGAUCGGCACCGGCAGCCUGCUGUCCUACGCGCAGUACCUGUUCCGCACCACGGGCAGCGCGCUGUCCGCGGAGAUGUCCGCCAUCGUGAUGUGCGCCGUGCAGUGCGCGGCGGGCGUGGCCUCGUCCCAGGUGAUCGACCGCGCGGGCCGCCGCCCCCUGCUGCUGUGCUCGGCGGUGUGCAACGCGGUGGCCAUGGCGGCCGCGGGGGCCUUCUUCUUCAUGAAGGACGCCCUGCACCAGGACGCCGCCGCGGCGCGCAUCACCUGGCUGCCGCUCGCCUCCCUCAUGGUCUUCAUGGUCUCCACCAACCUGGGCACCACCACAGUUCCCUGGGUCAUGAUCGGCGAGCUGCUGCCGCAGCAGAGCAAGACGCUGGUGCCCAGCCUGUCCGUGCUGGCCUUCUCCGUGGUGGCCUUUGCCACCAACAAGCUGCUGCCCGUGCUCGGGGAGCGUGUGGGGCUCUUCGUGGCGUUCUGGGCCUUCGGGCUCUGGUCCCUGGUCGUGUUCGCCUUCACGUGGUUCCUGGUGCCCGAGACGCGCGGCAAGACGCUGCUGCAGGUGCAAGCGCUGCUGCUGGGCGGCGCCGGCGGCAAGGGCGGCCACCUCCAGGACGGCGACAAGGACGCCCUGCAGGGCCACGAAGAGCGCGCCGGGACACCCCGGCAGCAGGAGCGGUGGUGAACUGCAACUCCUAUGUUUGUACAUAGUGUAGGCCUCCUUGAAGACUGCAGCGCGUUGUGUUUGUUGAUGUGCCAUAUGAAAACUCUCGUCCUUUGGUAAACGUCCAAAACAUUGACACGUUUGUGCACAAAUUUUGUGAUGCUGUCCGUUUUGAUUUGGAAACGUAUUUAUUGAGUUACGUUUAAUGUUGUAGUAUUAUAUGAAUUCCAAUUAUGUAGACACCGAUUGUUGUUGCUUUUCUCGAUAUACUGGUUCUGUCGAUAGGGCUGUGAUGUGACUGAUUCUCUUUAAAAAUAUUUUUGUCUUUAAUUUAUUUUUUUAUGUACAGUGCUUUUUUACACGUGUACCCAACGAAUAAAAUCGUCAGACAGUGGCAGAGGUUAUCUCGCAUGCAUUUUUUUA